AUGCGCAAAGAAGAGGAGCGAUGUCGAGUUCAAACAGAAGAGCACUUGCAUUCCGAAGAAGUUACAGAACGCAUGAAGAUUUCUAAGGGAAUUCAAAAAAAACUUCUCGAAAAACAAACAAGAAGAUCGGAAAAAUUCUUGAAAGAUUCUCAACCUUCGCAAAGUGAAAUGAAGUUGUUUUGUUCUUCGAAAAGGACCUUUCAUCAGGAAUACAACCUCUUUGUGUUGCCUUAUCAUGACAGCCAUAUGUAUGUUCCUGAAGGAAUACCAGGUUUCGCUUUCAUGCGGCAUAACACCUAG